AUGGGGAACAGUCCUGUGUCCCCACCUUCUUGGGCUGCAGACAGGCCACGUUGGUCCUGUGGUGACUGGGGGCUCCCAGGAGAACCCCACCGCAGAGCCGGAGAGGUGGCCCCAGAGAAGGAGGCGUACGCCUGGGGCCGGGCCUCACCAGCCAGCCACGGGCCACCUGCAGCAACAGGCCUCUCGCCGUCCAGGGUCUGGGUGUUCGGGCGCCGUGGGGAUGAGCUGCUGUCUGCACGGCAGCCGAGUUUAGACCUGGCCCGGGGCCCGUGGGGAGGGCGUGGCCCACGGUCCCCAGGGCUGGCCGUCUCUGGGUUCCAGGAGAACUGCGUGAUCCUCGGGGAGCUGGUGAGGCUGCAGGCUCAGGAGUCCCGCCUGCUGGGGUUCAGCACGCGUGCCGACUCCGUGCUGGAGAUGAACAUGGCCAAGACCAGCCAGGUGGUGGCCACUUUCCUAGAUGAGCUGGCCCAGAAGCUGAAGCCCCUCGGGGAGCGGGCGGCCGUGAUCCUGGAGCUAAAGAAGGCCGAGUGCAAGAGGUGGGGCUUGCACUCUGACGGGCCCAUCAACGCCUGGGACCUGCGCUACUACAUGAACCAGGGGGAGGAGACGCGCUACCACGUGGACCAGUACCUGCUCAGUGAGUCCUUCCCCAUGCAGGUGGUCACGCGCGGGCGGCUGGGCAUCUCCCAGGAGCUGCUGGGGCUGACCUUUGACCUGGAGGAGGGCGCCAACAUGUGUCAUGAAGAUGUGAGGCUCUACACGAUCCGGGACGUGGCCUCGGGCAAGGUCUCCAUCGGCAAGUUCUACCUGGACCUCUACCCUCGGUGCAUGCGUGGGGGAACCUGUCGGCCAUGGGCCGGGGCUCCUCUGUGGAAGCAGGGCCUCACCCACGUCCCUGUCCAGGGAAGGGAAGUCCGGGCACAUGGCCUGCUUUGGCCUGCAGCUGGGCUGCCUGCAGCAGGAUGGGAGGUGCCAGAUCGCCAUCGCGGCCAUGGUGGCCAACUUCACCAAGCCUACGCCCAACCCACCCUCCCUUCUCGGUGGGGCACGGGCAACGCCGUCCCCAAGGGGCUGCGGGACAAGCUCAUCAAGUCCCGGCAGGCCAACGCAGGCCUCUUCAACCUGUGCCAGAUCGUCCUGGCAGAGGUGGACCAGGCCCUGCACACGCAGACGCCCGUGGACCCGGCCCAGGAGAAUGCCCGCCUCUGCCAGGAGAUCCUCGGGGGCCCAGCCAUGCCAGGCAGCCAAGCGCGAGCCGGGCCCACCUUAGCGUGGCAGGGGACUCAGACAGGGCUGUUUGAGGCCCCCGCUCUGGGGAAGGGGCACGGAGCGGCCAGGGGGCCGGGCAGGAGCCUCUCCGCGUGUGUCCCAGGGACCCACCUGCCUGCGACCUUCGGCCGCCUGGCAGGAAGCUACGACGCCCAGUCCUAUGGCUACCUGUGCAGCAAGGUGUACUCCGCGGACACGUUCCACACACACUUCAAGCAGGAGGGCGUCCUGAGUGGCAAGGUUGCCAUGGACUACAGAAGCUGCAUUCUGAGGCCAGGCGGCUCCAAGGAUGCCAAGGGCAUGGGGAAGCUCUUCCUGGGUUGCGACCCCACGCAGGAUGCCUUCCUCCUGAGCAAAGGGUUGCAGGUUGAGGGCUGCAAGCUGCCGGCCUGCUGACGGCACGGGGUUCUGCCCACCCAGGCGGGCCCGGUGCCUUAGCGCCCCGCCGGGGCGGGGGAGGGGCCACGUGUCCUCCC